CCGGUCCCGCCGGUGGCCCCCGCCGUGACUCAGUGUCACCCGACGCCGCCGACAGCUGCGGGGCGGGGGCCGCUAAAAAUAGCGCCGGGCUCACGGGACAGAGCGGGACCGGACCGGAGCGGGGCUGACCGGCACCGGGACAGGAGCGGGGCUGAGCGGGGCUGACUGGCAUCGGGACUGGGCCUGGAGCGGGACUGACCGGGUCUGAGCGGGGCUGUGCAGAACCGGGACCGGAGCGGGGCUGGAGCGGGUCUAAGUGGGACCGGGACUGGAGUGGGACUGACCGAGUCCGAGCAGGGCUGAGCGGGGCUAAACGGGACCGGCACGGAGUAGGGCUGUCCAGGACGGGGACUGGGACCGGGAUUGGAGCGGGACUGACUGAGUCCGAGCGGGGCUGUGCGAGACCCGAGUGGGUCCGGAGCGGGGCUGAGCGGGACCGGGACCGGAGCGGGUCCGGAGCAGAGCUGAGUGGUUCCGAGCGGGACCGGGGCGGGACCGGGGCGAUGAACUUCGCGGUGGGGCUGAAGCCGCUGCUGGCGGAGGCGCGGAGCAUGGAGAGCCUGGAGAAGCAGCUGAUCUGCCCCAUCUGCCUGGAGAUGUUCUCCAAGCCCGUGGUCAUCCUGCCCUGCCAGCACAACCUCUGCCGCAAGUGCGCCAACGACGUCUUCCAGGCGUCCAACCCGCUGUGGCAGUCGCGGGGUCCCAGCGCGGUACCGUCGGGCGGGCGGUUCCGGUGCCCGUCGUGCCGGCACGAGGUGGUGCUGGACCGGCACGGGGUGUACGGGCUGCAGCGGAACCUGCUGGUGGAGAACAUCAUCGACAUCUACAAGCAGGAGUCCGCCAGGCCCCUGCACGCCAAGGCUGAGCAGCACCUAAUGUGUGAGGAGCACGAGGAUGAGCGCAUCAACAUCUACUGUCUGCGCUGUGAGGCACCCACCUGCUCCCUCUGCAAGGUCUUCGGGGCACACAAGGACUGCGAGGUCGCCCCAUUGCCUGCUGUCUACCAGAGACAGAAGAGCGAACUCAGUGACGGCAUCGCCAUGCUAGUGGCAGGCAACGACCGCAUCCAGGCCAUCAUCACACAGAUGGAGGAGAUCUGCCACACCAUUGAGGAGAAUGGGCGGCGGCAGAAGCAGCACCUGGGGCUGCGCUUCGAUGCUCUGUACGGCAUCCUGGAGGAGCGGAAGAAGGAGCUGCUGCAGAGCAUCGCACAGGAGCAGGAGGAGAAGGUGCAGCACGUGCGGGGCCUCAUCCGGCAGUACGGAGACCACCUAGAGGCCUCCUCCAAGCUGGUGGAGUCAGCCAUCCAGGCCAUGGAGGAGCCCCAGAUGGCCGUGUACCUGCAGCACUCCAAAGAGCUCCUGAAGAAGAUCAUGGACAUGUCCAAGGUGCCCAUGAGCAGCCGCCCUGAGCCGGGCUACGAGAGCAUGGACCACUUCUCCGUCAACGUGGACUGCGUGGCCGAGAUGCUGCGCACCAUCGAGUUCCAGACAGAGCCGCUGGGCGAGGAGGACGCGGAUGGAGCCGGGGACGGCAGCGAGGUCGUGGCUGACGAGGAACGGCUGGACAGCAUGGAGGCGGCUGAAGCCACCGAGGAUGCGGGGCCGAGGCAGAAGCCGUUGAGCUCCCCCCAUGGUCAGCACUGAACCAGCCCUGUGGGCAGCAAUGGCACCACCGGCUCAUCUUGUCCCAGCGUCCAUCAGUGAACCCCAACCCUGCUGCUGCUGCCCUCAGACAUCAGACCCCAGCCCUCUGACCCCCAACACCAGACCCCUGCCCUGCCACUGCGACCCCCAAAUGCUGGACCUCAGCUCUGUGACUGUGACCUCCAAGUGCUGGACCACAGCCUUGCCGCUGCGAACCCCAAACAUCAGACCCCAAACCUGCUGCUGCGACCCCUUCAGCGCUGGAGCUGCUCCUCUUUGACAUUAAACUGUGU